AUGGAAACAGAGCCCAUGGUCAGCCCCCAAUCUCCUAAGAGUCCAGUCUCCCAGGAGGAUUGUGGUCUCUGGAUGGAGGUUGGCUGUAAACCGGCAGAGGACACAGAUAUGGCCAAAGACAACUCCUCCCUGACUUCUGGUGAAAAGCCCUGUGAGGCCUGGCAGGCUGUCAUACCUCCUCCUCCCCCUUUGGUCACUGCAGGCCACCCCAAUGGGAUGGAGGAGGAUGACGAUGUCUUCAUCCUUCCCCCACCAUGCACAGACCCCUCUUGUCCAGAAGAGGGCAGCACUAUGGAGCCCAAUAUAAAAGUCUCAGGUGGGGCCAUAAGCGUCACAGAGGCUAAAGAAAAUCCCAGGAGCUUAGAUGGAGUCCAUGCUGAGCAGCCUAGCAGCACUCCAAUCGUGGACAAGGCUACAGUAAGAGUGGAAGAGGAGCAGCUGACUGAACUGAAGAAGGGAGGAUCUGUGGAUAUCACAGUGCUGACUGAAGGAACUGGCUCUGCCACGCCACCACCAACAGACGGAAAUAAAGCAGUGGGUGCCAGUAGCCCAGAGCAGCCACAUCCGAACAUGGAAGUCAGCAUUCUGAAAGAGACAGAUCCUGUCCUGUCAUCACAGACAUGGGUGUCUGAGCCAGAGCACUGCCUUGACAACAAUAGUCAUCCAACCUAUGAAGGGAACCAUCAUGGAGCCGGAACAUACAGACGAGAGUAACAGUGAUGUUGAGGACAUGGUCGAUGGUAGAUCACUAGACUACGACAUGACCAAAGACAAGUGGGUCAGGAGAGACAGUGCUAGCAGUGACAUCCAGUGCCCCCAGCCUCACCUUUCUAUUUCAAGAGGCUUAUCCAGAGAACAGGUAUCAGUGCCCUCGCCUCAGUCACCUGCCUCUGAGCAGCAGGAGGCUGGCAGCCUGACAGUAGCUAAAGACAUCCAGCAGGGGGAGCAGCUGCUGCAUCGCCUGCACCUGGUGCAACAGAGACAGGACGGACCAACAGGUGCCACAGGAGCCUCCGCCUUCACACCAGGUAGCCAUGAAGACAGCCAAUCAGGAUACAGGCUACCAGGAGGUAGAGAGAAUCGAGUGUAGGAGGGAGGAGGAAGAAGAAGAAGAGGAAGGAGGGAAUGAGGGAACCGGUGAAGAGAGAGAGCAGGGAGAGAGAGUACAGCUUCACACUAUCGAGGUGGAAGAGAAGGCAGCGUUAAGUGAGGAGGACACAGAGAUUCCAGAGAAAGAAGAUAUUCAAACAGUGAGAGGAGAGAAAGCGGAGGAGGUCCAGUCUAGUCCUCCUGCCCAGCUCAGUGUCCAGCCUAUGGUCAGGAUGGAGACGGAAUGCAGUGACGAUGACCAGAGUGACAGUGGGGUGUCCACUGACUUCUCCCCUGUCGGCACACACGAGAUCCAGAUGACCACAGCCCCCACCAUUGACAACAAGGCUCCCCCACCCCAGAAUGAGACUCCCAUCGAGAGGGAGAUCCGGCGAACUGCUGAGAGGGAGCAGAGCCUGCGGCGGUCCAGAUGCAUGUCAAACACCCAGGAAGGUCAGGAGGUGGUGGACAUCCCACUGAUGAAGACUCCCCUGCUGGCUAAGACACUGUCCUCUAAGGUGGGGCCGGGGCAGGGCGCCGACUGGCAGUUCUCAGAGAAGAAGAUGCAGAAGGAGAUCAGCCAGGAGAUCCAGAGGGAGCUGGUCCUGGUGAACAUGGGGAAGAUCCCUGGAGUCUACAGCAAGGGAACAGUACGCCAGAUGAGGGAGAGGAAGCUGCUGUUUGAAGCCUUCCAACAAGGCAAUGUAGAAGGACCCACCAGGCACAGGAGACCCCCCACCACAGCAAGCCUGGGGAUGAGAGGUCAUGUCUACCCCUCUGUGCUGGAGAGGACGCGUAGCAUGGAGCUUGUCUCUCUCAAAGGCUGCCCUCUCUCAAGAGCCCACUCCCACCAGAUGUUUGACUUAAAGAGCCAAAAGGAGGCUAGCUCAGGCCAAAACCCAAGUGCAGAGGGCCAACCGGCGGAUAAAGGAGCAGAGCGGAAGGUGAUUAUUCUGGAAAGUGACGACACAAUCAUAGCCCACUAUCCGAACCAAGACAGAGGAGCCCAGCGCCUCUGCAGAAGCCUAGACUGCCUAAUUAUAGGGGGCACUGUCUUUACUGAGGAGGAGGCCACGGAUGAGGUGAGGGGAGAACAGCCAGGGGAUGAGGACGAGGGCUCCGACAUCCUCAGGGAGAACCCCUUCUUUAAGCUGCGUCCCUCACUGGCCAUGAAGCCGGAGGUGGAGAAGGACAUCCGGGAAGCCAGGGAGAGGGAGGAGGAGCUGCGCAGGCAGAGGUGCCGUCUGUACGGAGAGACAGGAGUCAGUGGGGGCAGGCCAGACAGCACAGAGGACCCCGGCCCAGACUCACCUACCACACUCACUCCCUUAUCCACCUCCUCUUUCAAAGCAUCAGGUCAGUGGAUAUGUCCUGUUUACACUUAAAAUUCCUUUGUGUUUGAAUUGGGGCAAAGUGAGGGAGGAGAGUCAUACAGUAUGUUCGAAUUUUAGCAGAAAGUAUUUGUUUGUACCAUCAUCAUAUGGUGUUGCGUCAACGUUUGAUAAACACACCUAGCUGAUGGGCAUGUGGAUAAGCCAGUUAUAGCCUCAUUCAUUCCACAGCACACAUUCAUCCCAAGCCCAAGCACUUGAAUGUCUGCCUAUUUGCAUUAGCAUCAGAUAAUGUUAUUAUGGGCACAGUAUUGUCGUCAACUUAGUGUCAUCCCUGUCACCAGCGGUUAGGGCAAGAUCACUCUGGCUGAACACUUAUCUGAAUCAGCAGCACAUGCCACAGGGUGACUUUGUAGGAUGAUGUAACCAAAGUUACCACACUAGUACUCCACUGUCCAGGAAGUUCAGCUCAAGGGUGUUCUGGGCAUCUGCAUGUUUGAGAUGGCAGAUAUGUCUUGGGGGGCAGCAGGGGGUUAGGGUUCUGUGAGGACAGUGCAGUCACAACUUAUUCCUGUCAUGUAAUGUAGAAUCAUAUGAGUGUGUAUAUUCUAGAUUGAUAAAUGACUUGUGGGCAUGGGGAUGAUUAUCUACAUGGCUGUGACCUGUGACCAUUGAUAUUAGAGGUCUGGGGGGGACAGACAGAAAAAUAUUAUUUCCUUGACUUCUAGCAUGAUUCAAAUAAAAUGAACUAGUUCCAAAGAAUAGCCAUCGGAGGAAUUACAGUAGGAGUUAUAGUACUGCAAUGGAUAUCAGUCUGUAAAUCAUUUCCUUAUCCCAUUUCCUUAUUCCUUAUCCUGCCUCUCUGCAGUUGAUGGCCGACAAUCCAAGGGGAAGUUGGAUCGGACCUGGCCUCCUCCCAAUCCUAAGAGUGCUAGGGAGAACCCUGGACUAACACAGGUACAGCUCUGCCUUCCUAAAAGUUUCCUCCCUGUGACAGGAACACAACAUGUCGUUCACUCACAAACUUUUACUGGAUGUAUCAUCAAAAGGAUUGCAAUUUAUAAUGUAUGUCUGUCUCUGCUAGCAAUGUAACAGUAAGGGUUCUGUUUAGAAGCGGUGUAUUUACACUGGCAAAACUGACCUCAACAUUUAUUUUCAUAAAUGACUGCACUAUAAUGUUUGACAUCUGACAAGAGAUGUAGUUAUAUUCAAGUACUGUGUGUGACUAAAUGGAGAUUCAGACUGAAAUCUAAGCAAACCUAACCUGCUAAUCAGACUAGCUAAAUCCAUUUCCUGUGUCCUGCAUUAUCUUUCCAGGAGCCCAAGGUUUACAAGGCAGGCGGCCAGAAAACUCCUCUGUGGCAGCGUUGGGAGGCAGGUAUGGUGAACGGGCCACUGCCACGGGAAUAG